UACGUGCCCCCGGGCAGUCGGUACUACUAAAGGAAGGCGCCGCUUUGGAAUUGGGAGGCGGGAGAUCACGAGUUCGCUUUAAUUGGCUUUGGGUUACCGCGCGUGCUGCCCCACCCACCCACCGGCGGACGAGGCUUUCGUUGUCGCCAACGAGCGAAGAAGGAGAGAGAGAGGUGAACGAAGGUGGUUAAAAGGCCAUGGCCCGUACCAAGCAAACAGCCCGUAAGUCCACUGGUGGGAAGGCCCCACGCAAACAGCUGGCCACCAAGGCGGCUCGCAAGAGUGCGCCGUCCACCGGUGGUGUAAAGAAGCCUCACCGUUACCGACCUGGCACGGUGGCGCUGCGUGAGAUCCGUCGUUACCAGAAGUCGACGGAGCUGUUGAUCCGCAAGCUGCCAUUCCAGCGCCUGGUUCGUGAGAUCGCGCAGGACUUUAAGACCGAUCUGCGCUUCCAGAGUGCUGCCAUUGGCGCCUUGCAGGAGGCAAGCGAGGCCUACCUGGUGGGGCUCUUUGAGGACACCAACCUGUGUGCGAUUCACGCCAAGCGUGUCACCAUCAUGCCCAAGGACAUCCAGCUGGCACGACGCAUCCGUGGCGAGCGCGCCUAAGCCUUGGCAGCAUUGCACCCGCACACCUUGGGUCCAUGGAUACAAAAAAAAGUAGAUUUUUAGAUUUUAGCCACGUGUAUUUCAUAGAAUAGUUGAAGUUGUACACAAAUUGCUUGCUUCUUGUCGCGUUUUGUCUCGGAAAUUAGUUUUUCUCCCCUUGUGCAUCAUGGUAAAGUUGCCUGGAUUGAAGGGGAUUCAUGAUAAGAUCUUAUACCAUUUUUUCCAGCGCAGCAGCAUUUGUACACAGGCUCCGUGUAUUUUUAUAACAACUUCAGGUAAAUUGAAACUUUGUACGUGGUUUGAUUACAUCUUUAAGUUUCUUUUCCUCCCCAUCAAGCUUGUGUUGCAUCUCCUAUUCCUUUACCCAUUACUGUGUAUCUGUGGAAUUUUUUUAAAGGUUGCCAAUAAACAUUUGUUCAAAUAA